ACUAGAAACUAUCCAUUCUCUCUCUCUCUCUCUCUCUCUAUAAAAGAGUGUGAGGUAGAAGUGAGUGGUAGUAGAGGUGGUGGACAAUGGCGGCGAUCGGAGCAUUGAAGGUGCCUCAUAGCACUGCCAGCCUCGCCGGCGAGAGAGCAAACCUCCGUGCGACGCCGUCUCGGAGGCUUUCCUUUGCCUCGUCUCAUCUCUCCGGCGACAAGAUCUCGCCCAAAUCGGCCUCUCCACGGCGGCGUUCUGAGGCUUCUUCCGGCGACAGGACUCCAUUCAUUGUCUCUCCCAAGGCCGUCUCUGAUUCGCAGAAUUCGCAGACUUGUCUCGAUCCUGAUGCAAGCAGUAGUGUUCUGGGAAUUAUACUCGGAGGUGGAGCUGGGACUCGCCUUUACCCUCUUACAAAGAAGAGAGCAAAACCAGCUGUUCCUUUAGGAGCAAAUUAUCGCCUGAUUGACAUUCCGGUCAGCAACUGCCUUAACAGCAACAUAUCAAAGAUCUAUGUUCUUACACAAUUCAAUUCUGCAUCUCUAAAUCAUCACCUUUCAUGGGCAUACACAAGUAACAUGGGUGGCUACAAGAAUGAAGGUUUUGUUGAAGUUCUUGCUGCUCAGCAAAGCCCAAAGAACCCCAAUUGGUUCCAGUUCAUUUUUGGUUCCUGUGGUUCAACAAAUGAAAUUAUAGUUCCACAUCGAAGGCUCUUGAUUCUUGCUGGGGACCAUCUGUAUCGUAUGGAUUAUGAGAGAUUUAUUCAAGCCCAUAGAGAGACUGAUGCUGAUAUCACUGUAGCUGCACUGCCAAUGGAUGAAAAACGUGCCACUGCAUUUGGUCUGAUGAAAAUUGAUGAAGAAGGACGUAUUAUUGAAUUUGCAGAGAAACCAAAAGGAGAGCAAUUGAAAGCUAUGAAGGUUGACACUACCAUUUUAGGUCUUGAUGAUGAGAGAGCCAAAGAGAUGCCUUUCAUCGCGAGUAUGGGUAUAUAUGUUGUGAGUAAAGAUGUCAUGAUAAAUCUGCUUGCGGAAAAAUUUCCUGGAGCCAAUGAUUUUGGAAGUGAAAUUAUUCCUGGUGCAACUUCCAUUGGAAUGAGAGUGCAAGCUUACUUGUAUGAUGGCUACUGGGAAGACAUUGGUACCAUUGAAGCUUUUUAUAAUGCCAAUUUGGGGAUCACCAAAAAGCCAGUGCCAGAUUUCAGCUUCUAUGAUCGUUCAGCACCAAUCUACACCCAACCUCGAUAUUUGCCUCCUUCCAAGAUGCUUGACGCUGAUGUCACAGAUAGUGUUAUCGGUGAAGGUUGUGUAAUUAAGAACUGUAAAAUUCACCAUUGUGUUGUUGGGCUUCGAUCUUGCAUAUCUGAGGGUGCAGUUAUAGAAGAUUCAUUGUUGAUGGGAGCAGAUUAUUAUGAGACGGAUGCUGACAAAAGAUUUCUGGCUGCGAAGGGUAGCAUUCCAAUUGGUAUUGGCAAGAACUCUCACAUCAAAAGAGCUAUUAUUGACAAGAAUGCUCGCAUCGGAGACAACGUGAAGAUCAUCAAUACUGACAAUGUUCAAGAAGCAGCGAGGGAAACUGAUGGAUACUUCAUAAAGAGUGCGAUCGUGACAGUAAUCAAGGACGCCUUGAUUCCAAGUGGAACUGUCAUCUAAAGAUCUUCCUAACCACUAUGGUGGACAAGAGAGAACCAAGUUUACCUUCCAUUACAAAUGAUAUAUAUAUAUAUAUAUAUGAUGUAUAUUGUUUAGUAGUAUAAUGCAUUUUGAUAUCAGAAGUGGUGACUUUACAAACUGUUCUGUAAAGGUUUUUUUAAUAAAAGUUCCAUCUACAUUUGUCUUUCUUCA